UAGAUAUUCUUUACACCACCACCCUCACUACAUUUCUUUCAGUUCACACUCCAAGAAAAGUCUCAAAUCUAUUACUAUACUUUUAUAACUAGUAAAUGUUGGCUAAAGAAAAAGUGUGCGUUAUUAUCAACCAAAAAAGAAAAGAAAAAGUGUGCGUUGAUAGCAAUAGAAAGUUCACACACUAUGGCAAGUAAGAGGAAGAACAAGAACAUGCAAAGAUUCAAUGAUGAACAAAUCAAGUUGCUGGAAAUUACGUUCGAGGAAGAGUCAAGGCCAGAGUCUCGGAUAAAACACAAGCUAGCUAAUGAGGUUGGACUACACCCUCGCCAGGUUGCUACUUGGUUCCAAAAUAGAAGGGCCAGAUUGAAGACUAAGCAGAUUGAACGAGAGUACAGCUUAUUAAAAGCUAGUUAUGACACUCUAGCUUCCAACUUCGAGUCACUAAAAAGAGAGAAUCAGUUGUUACUCCUUCAGUUGCAGAAACUGAAAGAUACGCUGGAUAAGCAACAUGGAAAAAAUGGAAUGAGUAGUGACAGCAACUCAGUGAAAGGAGAUUCUACUUCUGAAUCAAAAGAGAAGCCCAGCAUUCUAUCAGAAAGUGUCAACCAUAACAUCAACAUGUUUAUAGGUGAUGCUAAUUGUGAAGAUGCUGAGUGUACUGAGGAAGAAACUGGCAUGCUGAACAUAGCAGAACCAAUAGAUGAUUCCUCAACAUCAUCAGAAGAUUGGUGCAGUUUUCUUGACCAGUCAAGUGGUAAUUCACAAUGGUGGGAGUAAUAGUUUUGAGCAACUGCACAACCCCUACAAUUACAGUAGCAAGAAUAUGUAUGAAAAUAAUUUUCCUAGAGAGUAAGGUAAUAUGAUCAGUAUUGCAUUAA